AUGAGGAGACACUUGCUCGAGCUCAGAGAGUCACGUGUAAAAACCAUAGACCCACGACUUCAUGCAAAACCAAUCCUACGUGGCGCAAACCUUCUUGCUCACUCUGGCUAUUUAAAGCUCAUAUACCAAACCCCGUUCUCUUCAUCCAUCUCUCACAGAUACACAAAAAAAAGAAGGAAAAUGGUUAAGCUCGGUAAUCUCCUCGUCGCAACGUUCGGUGUUCUCCUCCUUCUUAACGUCUGCCUCGCAAGGCAGUCGCUAGGAGUUCCUCCUCAGAUGCAGAACGCGUGUAAUCUCGAUAACUUAGACGUUCUCCAAGCCACAGAAACCAUCAAGAGCGAGGCUGGUCAGGUCGAGUACUGGGAUCACAACCAUCCUCAGCUCCGAUGUGCUGGUGUCUCCGUUUCUCGUCUUAUAAUCGAACAAGGCGGACUCUACUUGCCUACCUUUUUCACUUCCCCCAAAGUUUCCUACGUUGUUCAAGGAGUGGGUAUUAGUGGAAGAGUGGUCCCUGGAUGUGCCGAGACCUUCAUGGACUCGCAGCCGAUGAUGCAGGGACAACAACAAGGACAGGGACAGCAAGGACAGCCAUGGCAAGGACAGGGACAGGGACAGCAAGGACAGGGACAGCAAGGACAGGGACAGCAAGGACAGGGACAGCAAGGACAGGGACAGCAAGGACAGGGACAGCAAGGACAGGAACCGCAAGGACAGCAGCAGCAAGGACAACAAGGAUUCCGUGACAUGCACCAAAAGGUGGAACAUGUCCGACAUGGAGACAUCAUUGCCAAUACUCCCGGAUCUGCUCAUUGGAUCUACAACACCGGAGACCAGCCACUUAUCAUCAUCUCCCUUCUCGACGUUGCCAACUACCAAAACCAACUCGACCGCAACCCUAGAACGUUCCGUUUGGCUGGAAACAACCCACAAGGCGGUGGUCAGCAGCAACAACAACAAGAAAAGAACUUGUUGAGCGGGUUCGAUGCUAAGGUCCUAGCUCAGGCAUUGAAAAUCAACGUUAGGUUGGCUCAGGAGCUUCAGAACCAACAAGACAAGAGAGGAAACAUCGUUCGUGUUAGGGGACCCUUCCAGGUCGUGAGACCGCCUCUGAGACAGCCCUACGAGAGUGAGAAGUGGAGACACCCACGUGGCCCACAAGACAACGGCCUUGAGGAAACUAUCUGCAGCAUGAGGACCCACGAGAACAUUGACGACCCAGCCCGUGCUGACGUGUACAAGCCCAACGUUGGUCGUGUGACCACCGCCAACAGCUUGACCUUGCCCAUCUUGCAGUAUGUCAGGCUCAGCGCCACCCGUGGCAUUAUCCAGGGUAAUGCGAUGGUGCUUCCGAAAUACAACAUGAACGCGAACGAGAUCUUGUACUGCACUGGAGGACAGGCAAGGAUCCAAGUGGUGAACGACAACGGACAGAACGUUUUGGACCAGCAGGUGCAGAAGGGGCAACUCGUGGUCAUUCCACAAGGGUUCGCAUACGCAGUCGUGUCCCGCGGAAACAACUUCGAAUGGAUCUCUUUCAAGACCCACGCUAACGCGAUGAUCAGCACUUUGGCGGGUCGAACCUCGGCCUUGAGUGCAUUGCCGCUAGAGGUCAUAGCUAAUGGUUACCAGGUCUCUCUCGAGGAAGCUAGAAGGAUCAAGUUCAACACGCUUGAGACCACCUUGACUCAUGCGCAGAGUGGGCAGCAACAGUUGAUCGAGCAGAUUGUCGAGGCUUAAGUAAAAAACGUUUUUCCUUUACUAAUAAAGUAGUGGCAUGGUUUCUAUUGUUUGAAAUCAUGUCUACUCUUAAGCUUUUAACGUAUGUGUAAAAUAUAUGUCUGAUGAACACACCGGCACGUCACUUGUAUGUAACCCUUUCUUCUCAUCAUAAAUAAAAUGGGAGUUUCGAGUAACAUUCACGGUUGAUGACUUGUGUGUGCUUCAACUCAUGCUUACAUUAGUUUGGUCUCUCCUGGCAUAGAACGCCAUUUGGAUCUCAUUAUGUUAAACAAAGUCUCAAAGUUGAGACAUUUUGUUAAAUAGCUCUGUUCUUAUUUGCUCGACUUGGGAUCUUUAGUACUAUAAUUAUUUUAUCCUCCAUCUUGUGCAACUUUUUAUCAAUCCUGGCAAAACAGUGGAAAGAGGUGCACAGUAAUUAAGAUAUUAGCAGAGGGAAUUCUACACAGAAAGCUCAUCCUAAACAGAGGAGAACACACAGUAUCAUCAAAGACAAGAAUUUCUUAUAUCCUCAUGUUGUUUCAAGUAUGUAUCUCUAGUAGUUGUGCUGCCCAUUGUAUGCGUAAAGAAUUUCUUUACGCGUUUGAGAUUCUCCAAAACUUGAACCACGAGUCAUGCAUGAAUACAAACCAAAAGUUCAUUUUGAAUGUUGUUGCAUCUCCAUAUAUAUAUAAAGUUUGUAACAGUUGUUUACAUAUAAUUAUGUAUGUCUUACGUUUUUUAAAAAAAGCUGAGAUGUUAGUGAAACCCUAGGAAUAGCUUUCAACUCCUCAAUCGUUGUGUCUUUGUCUUCAAGUUUUGACAAGGACAAGGAGAUUAUCGCCGUCUUUAGACAUCUAGAGGUGGUUAGGAUGUAUUCCACCAAUUCUUUCUCUUCUUUUCUUCCUCCAUAGUUUUUCAGCUCAAACUUCUCCAGACUUGAUGAUAAGCAUUCAGGAUCAUAACUUGAUUCGCUCCACGAGAUAGAGGCGUCUGGGGGUUGAUGGGUAAACAAAUAAUCAACUGUAAGAAACUUUAGCUUGGGAGUGUUUUGAAGGAAAGACACAAGUGAAUCCAUCCAGUCUGUGUCACCCGGAAGUAUCUUACACUUUGUCAGCCGAGAGAAUUUGAUGGUGCUAAAGCACACAAUCUGCGAUGUUGAACAAAACGGCAUAAUAAGUAGAUGCAACAACGUGAUCACAGAGGAAGAGAGAGAGAGAUUACCAUUUUCUCGUUCAAAUUCAACUCAAGAAACAAGACUGCAGAAAAAGAUCUAAAGAACUUGUCAAUAUCAGGGAAAGACCAAUGUAGGUUGACACAAACUUGCUCGCAACAAUUUGGCUUAUUCUCGAUCAAAAAAAAGUCUGCUGAAUAAUCAUCGAUGUCUAAGUAUGUAAAUGCCGGAGUAUCAAUAACCAAGCACCUAUCGGUAUCUUCUACAUCACUAUCGGUAUCUUCUUCUGCAUCGCUAUCGUCAGACGAGUAAUUAGAAUACGAUAAGUCCGAUAAAUAAGGAGAUUGCACAGUGAACUUUUUCACAGUCAUCUUUACUCCGUGUCACGCUCAAAUCCUUGAGAACGGGGCAGCUUGAUAAGAGCCUAAUGAGUGUAUCCUCGUUUUUAUACACCACACUGUCUAGCUCGAGCACUCUAAGUGAUGGGAGGCAGGCGGGAGAAGGAACAUCCACGAGAAUCUGGUGGGAGAGAGUCAAUGUGUGGAGAGAUUCACAGGAGUAAAGGGUCUUGGGCAAGCUAGUUGGAUCUGCGGACCACAAUGUUGGAAAGAAAAAACUUUUAAGAGUGAUGGAGAAGGUAUUUAAGAAUUUGAAAGACAAAUGAACAAAUUUAAGAAGAAGAAAGUUUUAGAACUUAGAGAACUUAGGAACUUCACUUAACUUCCCUUAUUAUUUC